AUGAAACACAAUCGUCCAAAUGGUACUGGGAAAGCAGUUUCUGGCUUCAAGCAGAUAAUAAGAAGGCUUCUACUCCUCUUGAACAAGAAGAGAAGAAAACAACUCGUCAUCAUCUUGAAAAGAAUAACCCAAGUCUAUGGAAUAAACCUAGUAUUUUAUGUCAAAAAAUGGAAAUUGAAAAAAUUACAGGGUGAAAAUAUUCAAAUAAAUGAUAUCAUGCCAUGGCUAAGAGAGUCUACUAUAUUAGUCUUGCUGAACAUACUAUAUCCAACUUUGAUGAAGUUCCCAUUUUUAAAAAAUCAUUAUAUUCACUGGUCUUCCAUUGUAGGAAUAUCGUUAAUGCUUACCAAGGGUGAGGUACCUUCGUGGAUUAUCGCACACUUUCUUGUGGAAGCUAUAGCCUCCAAAUUAAAGAUCGCAAAAUUAACACAAUGGUUGAAAAAAAAAAAUUUUUCCCAGGGUACAUUAAUAAAAUUCCAGCAAAUUCUUGUGUGUUUAGCGAUUAUUGUAUUAUUUGCCAAACUGGACAGGAGUUCGUUACCAUUCCGUGUGCUUUUUGACCAUAGGCCAUUUUUAAUAGAUUUCUUCACAAUCAAUGCCAUUUUCACAGUUUUGGCAGUAUAUCACAGAACAUUAAAAUUCUUUUUUACUUCAGGGACGAAAUCAAAUAAGAAUGUCGGCGGCCACGAAGUCAGGAACUUUUCUCAAUACCUUGGGGUCAAGAACCAUAAUGAUUGGCCCAUAUCUUCAUCAAAUUUGAAGCAUGUAAUGGACAGACUAAAUGAAAUACAUGAAGUUACAAUUGAUGAUAAUUAUGCAAAUAUAAACGAAAAGAUAAUAAAUUCAUAUUUCACCAAGGGUUUUUUUCCAAGUCUAAAAUGGACUAUAUUAAGGCAGUGUAUCGAAUAUUUAUUCGUCACGAAAAGGCGCAGAUUAAUGGGCAACAAAUUGCGGUGCAUCGUGAUGCUUCUUACAUUCACCUUCGUGGAUCCAACAAGUAAAAUGAAAAUCAGCCCAUUUUUCGCAAAAUUCUUUGCGAAGUCCUUGGUUAAUGUUUACUUGAAAAAGUAUUGGCAUUGCAACUUUGGGAAAUAUAUACUAUUCUUUUUGUUUCAGCUUAGUAUUAUGUGA